ACACUCCGUUGUUUUCAUCAGAGUAGAUGUGUCGUUGACGACGAUUUGCAGACUUCCUUGACCCAGUUUUUGGUAAUUUAUUCGGCUUGGUAGCUCGGCUAGUUAGUUAACUACUUCUCUGAUCGAGUCGCUUAUAAAAAAAGCGACUUGAUUUAGCUAAAUAACGAGCUUUUCUUUGUGUAAUCAGGUCGUAUAAAGGGAUGCCGCUGCAGACAGACUCCGACGGACGACAACAGUCUCUGGAUUUAAUCUCAUCGCAUUUAAUCGGCAAAAGCAGUUUUUCUAUAAAUUUAAAAGGCCUCAGAAUAACGCAUCCUCGACCGAGUGCUUGUGUAAGAUGCUUAAAGACGAGUAGGAAUUAAAGUUACUCCGCUGAAGAAGGAAAUAAACGCAGAUAAUAAGCAAGCUAGAUAGCUAACAUUAGCGUCAACAAAAAGCGAAUCUUUUUUUGCGUCGCAAGAGUCGCUAUUUGGGGUGAAGAAGACGAGUGUUUUGACUGUUCAACUUGGUCUUUUUCUGCUGGAAAAUACUGCUAGAUCGCAAUGAAACUGUUGGAAAGCUCCAGCUUUGAAGCCCUCAGCUCCCGGCUGUGUGUCGAAACAGGAGAGUCCCGCAUCCUUGGCAGGAUGGAGAGCUACUCCUGUAAGAUGGCAGGGGACGAUAAACAUAUGUUCAAGCAGUUCUGUCAGGAGGGGGAGCCACACGUCCUGGAGGCCCUCUCUCCUCCUCAGUCCACCAACGCCACCAGCCCUUCACAAAUGGGGAAGAGCAGUGAGGACGGGGAGAACCCUUUGAGUGACAAGUGUUGCAGGAAGACUCUUUUCUACCUCAUCACAACGCUCAACGAGUCCUUCAGGCCGGACUACGACUUCAGCGCCGCGCGGGCCCACGAGUUCAGCCGAGAGCCCAGCGCCAACUGGGUGGCUAAUGCAGUAAACAGCAGCUUGUUCUCAGCUGUGGGAGAGGAGUUCAACUCUCUGGGGCCGGAGCUGUGGAACGCCAUCGACCAGGAGAUUAACCUGCAGAGCUGUGACAUUUACAGCUACAACCCUGAUCUGGACUCGGACCCUUUUGGUGAAGAGGGGAGCCUCUGGUCCUUCAACUACUUCUUCUACAACAAGAAACUGAAGAGGAUUGUAUUCUUGACGUGUCGCUCCGUCAGUGUCUUGAGUGGCUAUGGCAGUGAUUGUCUUGAUAAUGAGCUGAACAUGGAGCUGGAUGACGAGGAGGAAAUGGACGGCUUCACUGAGGACCGGUUCCCCAGAGCUCUGUGCGUGUGAAUUUCCCAGAUGGACACGCCUCAGCCAAAGAAUAUCUAGGCUUUUCCUCCUCCUCCUCUCAUUUUUCACCCCAUGUACCUUUUUUGUUGUUGUUUUUCUGGAUUUUGCUGCAUCAUCCAAAGCCAUUUUCACGCUUUAGACCAAUGCAUGUUUGAAGCCUUCUCUUCUGCUGGCAGUGAACUGUGUACCGUGAGCUGGUGGACAUUUUUUAAAGACCCCGCGGUAGCUUGAACGCUCCUUCUUUCUCCAGUAUGGAUUUUGACCCCAAGCACACACACAUAUAUAUGGGCUUCUCUACACCUGCCACAUUUCCAAAAAGACCCCUUCAUGGACACUUGAGAAGAAGAAGGUCUUGUAAUGGAUGAGUGGCCAACAAAGACUGCGAGCGAGCGGAGUUUCUUGCAAACGAUGUCACAAAAGAGGAGUCCAGAAAACACCAGCAUCAAUGAAACCAGACAGAUUAAGACUUGAUGAUAUUCCUACCAGGGAAUUGGCCGGGCAGGGUCCGUUAAGACUAACUUACCGAUCAGCGGAGAACUCAUCUGUUGUUUCAUUAUUUGCUAUUUAUGUGUGUUGCUUUUUACGUGUGACAGUGACGUUACUGUGAGGACUUUUUCAGCACUGAGUUUGACAUUUUAAACCGCUGCAUUUAUAACUGAAACUUAUAUUAUUGAAUCUUAUUACUGCGAACGCUCGUCUGUAGUUUUGACAGUAGGGCACGGCCAAGGAAACUGUUGGCACCUGGGUUGCAGCUUAGAAAACAUCAGCGUUUAACAAAGGUCCCAUUGUUUUGUUUCAAUCCACCGUUAUCCUGUUCAAUGAUUCAUUUUAUACGUCAUUUAAAUCCAGCAUUUUUUUUUCACUCUCCCCUUAAUCUAUUCCCAGUUAACCCCCCGUUUCUAAACGUCUUGUCUUGCCAGUGUUUUUCUUUGCUCAUUACCUCAGUGCAAAGGCUUCAUUGAAAGUGAAUGUAUAGUACAAUUUAGAGGAAAAAACAUUACAGUAAAAUGGCUGACAUGUUGUACAUUGUUUUUUAGAAAAGCUCCUUUUACGUUCCUUAAAAGUGGUUAGGAGUUGUGUCUUUUUCUUGACUGCUCUGUGCUUCGUUUGAUUGGCAGAUAUAUUACAGAUGUGAAUAAACUGUUUGAAUCAUA